AAGUCCACCAACAACUUCUCAAAAGCUUUUGCGUCCAACUUUGCCGAACCCAUCCCCAUGCGAGGCCGUAGAAAAGUUUUCAGCCACAGAAAAAGAAGGAACAGUACUUGAAAGAGGGGUUUACCAAGGCAAGAUUACAAGUUCAUGUUAUCUACACUCUUAAAAAGCUUCCAUACUUGUUUACAAACCUGUAUUUCCAAGUUGUGCUAGCCUAGCUUCAUCCAAAUCCCUUGCAGUCUGCAGAGAAGAUAAAAGACAUGGCUUUGAUCGGAGAGGCUUUUAUCUCUGCUUCCGUCCAGGUGUUGUGCAACAGAAUUACUUCACCCGAGUUCGUUGACUUAUUUCGGCACAAGAAACUCGAUCAGCCACUCCUCAUGAAGCUGAAGACGACACUGUUGAGUUGACCUUAUAUGCAGUUCUCGAUGACGCAGAGGAGAAGCAAAUUAGGAAACCUGCUGUGAGGGAUUGGCUCGACGAGCUCAAACAUGCUGUCUUUGAUGCAGAAGACUUACUGGAUGAGAUCGACACGGAAGCUUUACGAUGCAAGUUCGAAGGUGAAGAUCAAACCGGAAAAUUUACCAACAAGGUGCGGAACUUGCUCUUUCUUCUCGUAAUCAUUUUUAUCAGAGCAUGAAUGAUAAGAUACACGAGUUACUAGCAAGGUUAGAAAAUUUCGUACAACUGAAAAGUGCUCUAGGUCUGAGAGAAGAUGCUGGGCGGAAGGUUUCACAAAGAACACCAACAACUUCCUUGGUUCAUGAACCUUGUGUCUAUGGUAGAGAUGAAGUCAAAGAAAAUUUAUCAAAAGUGUUGCUAUCUGAUGAUGCAAGCAAGGAUGAUGUGUCUGUCCUCACCAUUGUUGGAAUGGGCGGGGUUGGCAAGACAACCAUUGCCCGAUUGCUUUACAAUGACAAGAAGGUGAAAGGUCAUUUUACAUUUCAAGCUUGGGCUUGUGUUUCAGAAGAUUAUGAUGCUAUUAGGAUAACUAAAACUCUUCUUGAGUCAGUCACUUCAAAGCCUUGUAAUACGAUAGAUUUGAAUUUGCUUCAAGUUGAACUAAGAGAACAACUGAGGGGAAGGAAAUUUCUAUUUGUAUUGGAUGACCUAUGGAAUGAGGAUUAUACUGAUUUGAAGUUCCUCCAAACUCCUUUUAUGUCAGGAGCAAGGGGAAGUAAAGUCAUCAUAACAACACGGAACAAAAAUAUAGCAUCCGUCAUGCAAAAUGUUCCUAUUCAAUACUUGGAACCACUGUCACAUGAGGACUGCUGGUUGUUACUUUCAAAACAUGCAUUUGGAAAUGAAAACUGUAGUGCACAUCCAAACUUGGAAGACAUUGGAAAGCAAAUUGCACUCAAGUGCAAAGGGUUGCCUUUAGCUGCACAAACACUUGGGGGUUUGUUACGUUGCAAUAUAGAUUUCGAGUAUUGGAGUAGAAUACUAAAUGACAAUUUUUGGGACCAACCCUAUGAUACAACUAACAUUCUUCCAGCUCUAGGGUUGAGUUACCAUUAUCUUCCUGCUCAGUUAAAACGAUGCUUUGCUUAUUGUUCAAUUUUUCCUAAGGAUUUUGAGUUUGAAAAGGAAGAUAUAGUUCAAUUAUGGAUUGCAGAAGGUAUAAUUCCACAAGCUGAGAAUGGAAAAAGGAUGGAAGCAUUGGCUAGAAGAUACUUUGAUGAAUUAUUAUCACGAUCGUUGUUUCAAAAGUCAAGGAAAUUCAGCUUCAUUAUGCAUGAUCUCAUUAAUGACUUGGCUAUGUUCAUGUCUCAGGGGUUUUGCCUUAGGCUCGAAGGUGGGGUAUCUCUUGAAGUUAAAAGAGCUCGUCAUUUGUCAUAUGCUAGGGGAAAAUUUGAUGCUGCUCCAAGAUUUGAACCAUUAUAUGAGGCUACAUGUUUGCGGACCUUCCUACCUACCUCUUUAAAUCCAUAUAGACAUGAAAGAUUUUUUGUAAGUAAAAAAGUUCUACAAGAUUUGUUGCCAUCACUAAGAUGUUUGCGGGUGUUAUCAUUGUCACAUUAUCAAAAUGUGACUGAGUUACCUGAUUGCAUUGCAAACCUCAUUCACUUGCGCUACUUGGAUCUUUCCCAUACCGCAAUUGAAAGGUUACCGAGGCUAGUUUGCAAUCUCUACAACUUGCAAACAUUACUAUUGUCAAAUUGUUACUCUCUCUUUGAAUUGCCUGCAGACAUUAGAAAAUUGAUUAAUUUACAAAAAUUGACGUUGGGAGGUUGUAGUUCUCUUAUUAAAUUGCCUGCAGGCAUGAAGGAGUUGAUUAAUUUGCAUCACCUUGAUGUCAGUGGAACUAAAAUUGAAGAGAUGCCGGUGCAAAUGGGUAGACUGAAAAGUUUGAGAACAUUGACUGCGUUUGUUGUGGGCAAAUCUACUGGGUCAGGCAUAAGAGAACUGAGGGAGUUCCGCAGCUUCGCGGAAAACUAUCAAUUUUGAAGCUACAAAAUGUAGUUGAUGCGAGGGAUGCAUUGCAAGCCAAUAUGAAGCACAAGAAAGAUCUCAAGGAGUUAGAGUUUUCAUGGGGUGCAGAGGAUGCUAAUGAUUCCCAAAAGGAGAAAGAUGUACUCGACAAGCUCCAGCCUUGUGUGAAUUUGGAGAAAUUAACCAUCAGAUUCUAUGGUGGAACUAAUUUUCCGAAUUGGUUAGGAGACUUGUCUUUUUCUAACAUACAAGUCGUGCAUCUCAGUGACUGUAGUUAUUGUUGGUCGCUCCCACCAGUUGGGCGGCUACCGGCACUCAAAGAGCUCUGUAUAGAAAGAAUGAAGUUUGUGAAGACGAUUGGCGUUGAAUUCUAUGGUAGAAAUGGAGCUUAUCUGACUCAGCCAUUUCAAUCUCUGGAGAAGCUGAAGUUUAGGGAGAUGCCAGAGUGGGAGGAAUGGGUACCAAGUGGAAGUGCAAGUGGAGGUGAAUAUGGUCCAGACUUUCCUCGUCUCCAGGAACUGAUUCUAAACAAUUGUCCGAAACUGAGAGGAAGUUUGCCUUGUGAGCUGCCUUGGUUAAAGAAGCUUAUGGUGUCUCGGUGUGAGGUUUUGCAUGAUGGAAUGGCCACUACCACAACUACCAAUAGUCUUAACUAUAAAUCUCUUGAAGAAUUGAAAAUAGAAGACAAAGCUCUGUUAUCAUUAUUAGAGACAAAGCUCCUGUCCCGACUUGAGAUUGAAAAUGUUGUUGACGUACAGUGCUUGUCC